GUUGGAGUGCGCAUCCCAGCAGGAAAAAAAUCAGAAAUGCCGAUGGACCAGGGCCGGAAAGGAUCGUCUUUGGCAGCUCUACGUAGCGAGGCAAAGGCAGCGCAUGAUCAGAUCAGUGAGUUCAUCAAGGACCUUGAACAAGCCCUGGUCCGUCAGAAGCAACUGCUCGAGCGCCUUGACCAGCACGAGAGCUCUCAGUCUGCGCCAAACACCGACGAAGGAUUGAAAAGGACUCAGGACCACUCAAGCGAAACUGGACAGAAAAAGACUGACCCUCCAAGCAAGGGUAGCACCGCUCGUGCACUGCACCACUAUCAUGCCAAGGAAAGUGACGAAAUAUCCUUAUCACCAGGAGAUACUGUCCAAAUUGUUAAUACGACGGACGAUGGCUGGUGUAUGGGAAUCUCGCCAAGUGGAGACUGUGGAAUGUUCCCAGUUAGCUGUCUAGAGGUCUCGAGUGAUACUUCUAAGGAUACUUCCACAAGCGGUACCAAAACAGCCAAGGCGCUCUAUGGCUACACUGCAGAUGAUGCUGACGAGCUGUCCUUCGAUGUUGGUGACAUCAUCACGAAUGUUGAAGACGUUGAUAAUGGCUGGGCAGCGGGUGACUGCAAUGGAAAAUAUGGCCUUUUUCCUACCAAUUUCGUUGAGCGUAUUUGAAUGUCUGGAUGACCACAUAGCAAUUCCAUUGACUAUCGGGUUUUUUACGGAUAUCAAAUUUGACCCGAUUUGCCUUGCGAGGAACAUCGAUCUCACUCCCCACAUUUCAAACUAUCGGUGCUGAGGUACCACCGGAACCAUGUGUGUUACUCUUAGACUGGUAUGGAUCAUCCACUGGAAUAAAAUUUCAGGCAAUAUCA